AAACACUAAAGAUAGAGAGAGAGAGAGAAAGGGAAAAGAAACAUCAAUCAAAUGGCGUCGAGACUGUGCGACUCGUGCAGAUCCGCGGCCGCGACUCUGUACUGCCGCGCGGACGCUGCGUUUCUCUGCGGCGAGUGCGACGGAAAAAUCCACACGGCUAACAAACUCGCCUCGCGCCACGAGCGAGUCUUGCUCUGCCAAAUCUGCGAACAAGCCCCCGCUCACGUCACGUGCGAAGCCGACGCAGCAGCGCUCUGCGUCACGUGCGACAGAGACAUCCACUCCGCCAAUCCACUCUCCCGCCGCCACGAACGCGUCUCCGUCACGCCUUUCUACGACGCUCCUGCUCAGGGAGGAUCACCGGCCACCACCAAAUCCGCCGCCUCCUCCAAUUUAUUUGGCGAAGAUGCUGACGUGAGCAUGGAGGCUGUGUCUUGGCUCUUGCCUAACCCGAGUGUCAAGGAAGGAGUCGUUGUGGAGAUCCCUAACUUGUUUGCCGAUCUUGAUUACUCGGCGGUUGAUCCGAAGAUGGAGGCGUCGGAGAAUAGCUCCGGGAACGACGGAGUCGUUCCUGUUCAGACAAAAGCUCUGUUUCUCAACGAAGAUUACUUCAACUUCGAUGUCUCAGCUUCCAAAACAACGUUUCCACACGGAUACAGCUGCAUUAAUCAAACUGUUUCUUCAACGUCAUUAGAGGUGCCGUUGGUGCCUGAAGGUGGAGCUGUGACGACGACGAAUGCAACACCAGCCGUGCAGCUGUCACCGGCGGAGAGGGAGGCUAGGGUUUUGAGGUAUAGAGAGAAGAGGAAGAAUCGGAAGUUCGAGAAGACGAUUCGGUAUGCGUCACGUAAAGCAUACGCCGAGGUUAGGCCGAGGAUCAAGGGACGUUUCGCUAAACGAACUGAUUCAAGAGUUAAUGAUGGAGGAGGAGACGUCGGAGUCUACGGUGGGUUCGGAGUGGUCCCGAGUUUCUGAGUCUUUCUUCAGUGUCAAGUUGUAAGAAACAUUGAUGAUGGUAAUAAGUAACGGUUUUGAUAAAAAAAAAAUAAUAAGUAACGGUAAAAAAAUAAAUAAAUAAUGGCCUUGUUUUUACUAGAA